ACACUGGGAUAAGUUGCCGGAGGGGGUUGUGGAAUCUCCAUCCCUGGGGAUGUUUAAGAGCAGGUUGGACACACGCCUGUCAGGGAUGGCACUCCCUCAGCCUGGUCCUUGUAUCGCUGCCGGCUGGGGCUGGCACACCAAGCCUACCAUCGCACUACUGCCUGCACAGGGCGUAAGCCUGCUGACAACCAGGACUCCUGGAGUCUAUUCCUGACGGCCACAGGCUCUCCAGCUCGCCUGUGACCUACAGUUUCCCAGGCUGUGCAAUGGGAGUGAUCAUGUGACACCCCUGCCCCCAUCCCUCUGGCAACAGGAGGCUUAAGUCACUAAUGCUGCAGCGCAUUAAUGUGAAAUGUGCUGGGUAUCCUCAUGGGCGGGGAGGUGCAGCCGGAGGAGAGCUCAAACUAUUGGCACGCUCCAUCAAUAGCAGGGCAAGAGAGCAUCGAGACGGCCAAGGUUGGGACAGGACUUUACCAGUGGUCCCUAGCUUGUACAGGUUUGUUCUGGCUGGCAGGGGCGAUGCCACUGAAAGCCGUCGCAUGACUCCCCUGGCCCACCAUGCCCUUCUCUGACUUUGUCUUGGCGCUGAAGGACAAUCCCUACUUCGGGGCUGGGUUUGGCCUGGUAGGGGUGGGCACGGCUCUGGCCCUGGCCCGGAAGGGGGCCCAGUUUGGGGUGGUUGCUUUUCGCCGACACUACAUGAUCACCUUGGAGGUGCCCAGCAAGGACAAGAGCUACCAGUGGCUGCUGAGCUGGAUCUCGCACUAUGCCAAGCACACUCAGCACCUGAGCGUGGAGACCUCGUACCUGCAGCAUGAGAGCGGGCGCGUCAGCACCAAGUUCGACUUCAUCCCCAGCCCUGGCAACCACUUCAUCUGGUACCGGAGGAAGUGGAUCCGCAUUGAGCGGAAUCGAGAGAAGCAAAUGAUUGACCUGCACACGGGGACCCCCUGGGAGUCCGUGACGUUCACGGCCCUGGGCACCAACCGGGAGAUCUUCUUCAGCAUCCUCCAGGAAGCCAGGGAGCUGGCUCUGAGGCAGCAGGAGGGGAAGACUGCAGCAUCCUCCAGGAAGGUACGGCUGCUCGCAGGGCCGGGGCCCGGGCUGGCUAGUGUCCUGCUGCGGCAGAAUGUCUCAGAGAAGAUCGUGCAGGACGUCAAAGAGUUCAUCGAGAACCCCAAGUGGUACACUGAGAGAGGAAUCCCCUACAGGAGGGGGUAUCUGCUUUACGGGCCCCCGGGCUGCGGGAAGAGCAGCUUCAUCACCGCCCUGGCCGGGGAGCUGGAGUACGGCAUCUGCCUGCUGAGCCUGAGCGACCGCGGCCUCUCCGACGACCGCCUCAACCACCUGCUCAGCGUGGCGCCGCAGCAGAGCAUCAUCCUCCUGGAGGACGUGGACGCCGCCUUCGUCAGCCGGGACCUCGCUGCCGAGAGUUAGUCCUGGCUAGGGGUCAUGGGACGGCUGACCUUCAGCGGCCUCCUCAACGCGCUGGACGGCGUCGCCUCCACGGAGGCCAGGAUAGUCUUCAUGACCACCAACCACGUCGACAGGUUGGACCCGGCCCUGGUGCGCCCCGGCCGGGUGGAUCUGAAGCAGCAUGUGGGGUAUUGCUCCCACUGGCAGAUCUCCCGCAUGUUCCAGCGCUUCUACCCCGAGCAGCCCGCGGCCACCGGCGAGAAGUUCGCAGAGCAGGCCCUGCGCGUCUCCAGGCAGAUCAGCGCCGCCCAGGUGCAGGGCCACUUCAUGCUGCACAAAGCAGACCCGGCCGGAGCCAUUGAGCACGUGCAGUCCAUAUUGCUGUGACCGAGGGCGGGCAGAACCAGAGGGGAGGGGCUGGCAGCUCCCCGGGGUUGGAUGCCCUGGGCGUGACUCACGGAGGCCGAGGUAACUGUGCGGAUGCAACGUGGCAGCCCUUGGAGCCGGCCGCUGUUUGUUUCGCUACCUCAGCAGGGCCUUGGCUUUCUAUUAAAAUAUAAAAAGAACCAGAACCCUCGAUAGCAACGUGCUGUCCUGCGCCACCGCUCCUCCCCAGACACAGCUGCUAACACGCCGGACUCCUCUGGGCUCAACGUGCAAGAGCGCUCUGAGCCUGCUAAGCACGAGGCCAGAACCCAGCCCUGAGCCCCCCGGACCCCCCGGCAUGGGGGCAAGCGAAGGACAGCGGGAGGAGACAGUAGGAGGAAGCUCGAGACACCGCCGGGCUCCACGCUGGAGCAGAACCGUUUUCCAGCUGCUUUCCAGCGUGCUCCGGAAAUCCAGCCCAGCGUGAAGUAGCGCAGUGGGGCCUUUUGCACGGCCCGGAGCCUUCUGUCUACCAGGUGCUUUGCAGAGGCUGCCCCUACAGGUUUGGUAACCACAGUCUGUCAGCCUCUCCCCUGUGCUGGGGCAGCCCCGGGCCUGGCCUGGGAGCCGGUCGCCCUGCAAACCCAGAACAGAAAGGCCGGCCCUGGCCCAGAGCGGCCAUCGAUCGUCCUGGCCCUGCGGAGCUCCCAGGCUAAGCAUGUCUCGUCAUCCCCACCAGGGUGCCACUGCGGGGAGAGUGCCCUUUGGUUCUCACCCAGCACAGGCUGGGUUGGGGUGGGGGCUCCCAAGAAGGGCCUGGCUCAGCACCUGGUAAGUCCGUG